GACUUAUAGGCCUAACCAAAAUUGGGACAUCGGUACCCAACACUAAUUGUGGUUGUUUCCCCCCAGUCGUUUCGCUCCCUGGGACUUUUAGUGUUGGGGAUUAGAGUGUGAUUCUGGGCAAAGUCUAUAUUCUCUUGUAGUCAUAUCAUGAGUGAGAUUUGAGACUUAUUUCGGGAGUUAUGUUGGUGUCUUGAUAUCAGUCAUAAGCAUCCAGGCCAUGGCCAUCUUUUGACACAUCAACUGUCUGUGCAGUCGCAUCAGACUACCUUGAGACCUAGGCAAAGUCACUUUUUUCUUGCAUCACUUGGUCAAGUAAAUGAUUCUUUCCCAAUUGUGGUGGGAUUUUGGGCAGGAUACUUGUGUGUUUAUUUAUUGGUCAUCUUGGGUCGCUAAGAUCAUGGAGAGAGCACUUGUUUGCCUUGGUCAUUAAAUGAUCUGGAGGUUGCCAUUAUAAAACUCCUCUGUUCCUUCCUUUCGUCUCCCCUUGUAUGAGGCAUGUGGUUGAGAAUGAUAUUGGGCGAGUCAGUUGUCUUUCUUAUUGAUUUGUCAUUUAGAGUGUCGCCUUGUGAAACCCAUCUCUAUUUGUCCAUUCUACAAAAAUAUCAAUUCUCGGUGUGGACGAAAACAGUCCCCAGGCAUUAGCCUCAAUUAACCGCCAUGUGUCGACAUUGUAGUGUGAUGUGGUGACAAUGAUGAGCAUGUUGAAUUGAUCUUGGUGGACUAGUUUAUUGUGCUGUUAUUUCUGACCUUUUUUUUCGGAUAACUGAUGAGAUGAAUGAUUCAGAGCGGACAAUUUUGUUAAUGUUUAUCCUCAUCAGCGAAGGAGUAAAAUAUAGUUCUGGAGUCGCUACAGAUGUGGAAGUGAUAGUGUUCAACGAACCUAACAAUGUGGUGAUGUUGAUGGAUGUCCAGGCAACACUCACAUUUGAAGUGACGGUCAAGAAUAACAAUGCCAAUACGGAUAUUAAGAAGGCAGCUGGUGCUGGGAAGGAGAACUUCCACCUCAAGUUUGUGCUCUCGGAUGUUGAUGUGCGUAACACUGGUACUGCCUCAAACAUCCUUGGAAUAGCAGCCUUUGACAAUGCAGAUGUGACAGUCAGCCCAUCUAAUGAUGUCCAAGUUGGCCUCAUAGCUGGGAGGACCAAGUUGCUUAAAGGCGCAGUGAAGGUCAAGAUUCCAAAUGAUGCUACCAAGUGUGCUGGUAUACGGUAUCUUUGUGUUAACUCGUUGCCAAAGACCAAUGAAUAUCCUGAGGACAAAACUCGGUUGUUGAAUAAUUGGAAAUGUAAGGAUGUGACGGACCAGGUGUCAUGCGGGAUAGACGUUGAGGCUGUGUCCUUCACGACCUUACCAACUGCCUCAAGCCCGCUCGUUGGACCACUCGGAAAGAAAGGCAUCGCAUUCAUCCUUCAGAUAAGGAACAGGGCUAAGAGUGGCCCAGGUUAUGAUAUUCCUGCAGUUUCAUCUCCGAGAAAGAACUUUGCUCUGACAUCAUUUUACAGCACCGCAAGCAUCCCAACUGCUACUCUGUUAGGUGUGAAAGCUAACACACUAACGAUUUCAGACUCUGAGCUGAGGAUUGGUCUGCCUGGGGUGAAUGGGGCCGGUGCUACUACUCCCAUCUCUGGUAGCAUAGAUUAUGCAGCCAUGACAGCUACGCACUGUCCAAAUGCGAAAUUCGUUUGUGUCAAAAUUGUAGCAGCCGGCACAGCUUCUUAUACUGAGGCAGCCGCCACCCUGACUGGCGUUGGAACCAAUACGAUUUGCCAUUCACUUGCCGGAGUCCGAAGUUGCGCCCCGGACCCACAACCGAGCAGUCUUGUUCUCUCAACCAACCUAGCAGUUGGAAAAACCACAACGGCUUCCUUUACCAUGAAGAUAAAGAAUGUGAAGACUACCCCUGUACUAGAAGAUGUGAUUUAUCUCGCAGUGUCACCGAAUUACAACUACAAGGUGGAACUGAAACUCUCAGAUGUUGAUAUGAAUGCUGCUGGUACGACAAAUAGCCUCGGACUUCCAUUGAUCCCAACCACCUUGUCCGACACGGACCGCCGCAAAGCCCUUGGUCUCAACACCGCUGCAGAAAUAUCCGUCUCGGGCACUGCGGUGAUUCCGCUCACCUCUUCAGCAUGUGAGGCCGUUAGGUGGCUCUGCGCUUUCCUAUGGCCAGGCUCUGGUGCAGGUUAUUUGGACUCUUCAUCGGUUGUCACUCCCAAAGAUCUGAAGCCCAAUACCACAUGUGUCGACAUACUAAACAAGAAAGGUUGCACACCAGAUCUUUCUGUCUUGACAUGGUCCAUUACACCUCCAUCCACCCCAGACCCCCUGAGGUACAUCCAAGAUGUUUGGCAAGACGUGGCCUUCACACUCGACAUCAAGAAUAUCGCAACUGGGGCAAACUCGGGCAUUCCGCUUGCCAAGACUUGGAACUACGCUGUCGAUAUCAGACUCACCGACAAAGAUCUUGCACUCUAUGCGGCUACAGUUACAAACACCAAGGCAUUCCUCUACAAGCCUUCCGCUGCUAAUGCAGGAAACCUAAAGGCCGCCCUGCCUGUAGGAAGUACAUUGUCACUUGGAGGAACUGUGCGGGUAUCGCUGGAAAAGACAAAAUGCAAUGAUCUCAAGUACAUAUGUGCUGUUAUUGAACACAAUGCCUUACUGUUUGGCGACAAAGAUACUACAAAUAACCACAAGUGCAUCGAUAUUUCUGCAGUAAAAGUGUGUUCCCCAGAUGUCUCCAUUUCAACCUUUGCUGGGAAACCAACUACUGCUGUGCAAUAUAUAAAGGACUCGAAAGCCAGUGCCUUUAAAUUCGACAUUGUAUGGCAAAAUGUUGCUCCAGCACAUUCUGGGAACGACAUCUUGCCCCCUCCAACCAAACCUGCGGGGAGCAACAACUUUCAACUCAAAAUGGCCUUCUCUGAUGUGGAUGUUGGGUCCGGGAAAUUGGAUACUCUUGCAAUCGGGAAACUAUCGCAUAAAGUACAAUUCCCUGAGAGCCUGGCGGCGCAGACGCAGACUGUUACGAAGACGGACCAGACGUAUGCCCCGACUACUAGCCCUGCGGACGAGUUGAUCAUACCUCAGGUCAAAUGUUCCAAAGUUAAUUACUUGUGCGUCUAUAUCUCCGAGGGUGAUAACGCUCAGUACCUUGAUGUCGAUGACUCUAACAACUUUAGGUGCAUCAGUUUAAUCACGGGAAAUAUCAAGAAGAACUGCAGGCCAGUUUUUGAUAAUCUCCCAAACACUGCCACUGUAAAUGAAAACGAAGCUAUCGGGCUAUCGGUGUUCACAGUGAAGGGAUCACAAGGAGACGUUGGGGUACCGAGUGCCCUUCAGUACACCAUUACCACCUUUAACGCAGAGUUUCAGAUCAAUCCCGGUACUGGUGAAAUUAGAACUAAACAAAGUUUCAGCUAUGAAACCAAGGCUCAGUAUCUAGUCCAAGUCACAGUUACCGACGGUACCACAGGUGACCCACUGUACACUGCCACUUCUACCUUAACCAUCAACAUAAAGGAUGUCAACGACAAACCUGUGUUUGAUGCCAAGUAUCCUUUCACCAUCAAUCCUGCCAUCCCAGAGAAUAAGGCAGCAGUUGUCCAUACCAUGACCUACACGGACCAGGACUUACCCAAACAGACGAUGCUGUGGUCCAUUGAUGUCAAACCAUCUGUUUUGCCUGCAGCACCCUUUGCCAUUAACCCGACUGGAACAGCUGGUAUCAUCAGUAUCAUGAACCCAGGUCUAAAUUUCGAAGCGGCAGCACCACCGACUUACACCUUAACCAUUCAUAUGAAGGACAAAGGCGUGCCGCCCCAGACAGCCACACCAGCAAUCAUCAUUGUACCGUGCUCUGAUGUUCCAGAACUUCCCACUAUUCAGAAUCUACCAAAGACAAUAUCUCUGUACGAGACGGACAACAAUAAUUAUGAUACUCAUAUUUUUACGGUGUCGGCAACUGAUCCUGAUGCGGGAACUUCACUGAAAUAUUACAUAAACCCGCAGCCAUUUGAUGGCAAAUUCAAGCAGGACCCAAAGGAUGGUUCAAACAUCCAAUACGUAAAAUCUCCCAACUUCGAUCACGAGACAACCAGUCAAUACCAGAUUACAGUGAUAGUCAGUGAUGGUAAAACGGCUCCUGUGAGCGCCAUAUUGACCGUGAAGAUCCUCAACAAUACGUACGGUGACAGUCCGCUCUUUACGAAUGUGCACUGGCCAGGCGCCGUUUCUGUAAAUGAGGACCAGGCCCUUGAAAGCACUCUUUUACUGGUGUUUGCCAUUGAUCCAGAUAAUCGUCCGCUUGCUUUCAGUCAUCUUGUGAAGCCUUUCAGUGGACAAGCCAAAUUUGGAGUAGACAGUAGUGGUCGUUUUUAUUCAGCGCAUACCCCUGACUUCGACUAUGAGGUAGUAAAGCUCUACACAGUGGUUAUCAAGGUGUGUGCGUCGGCCAACUGUACAACGAAAGACAUCACCGUGAAUGUUGUUGAUAAGAAUGACCCGCCCAUAUGUUCUCCAAGCUCCUUGCAUGUCACAACACCAGAAAUAGGCACAUAUAAUCCUUGGAAACUGUUCACCGCCACGGACCAGGAUGGUGGAACUUUGACCUACGUGAAGAUUACAAAAAACCUGGCAUUCCAAGGCAGAUUUACCAUCGAUAAUACAGGUCUAAUCAAUCUGACGGGCAUUAACUACGAAACGCUGAAAAGCCCAAUAUUUGGAAUGUUCUAUGUGUCAGAUGCUGGCGGUUUGACAUGUUACUUUGCCCUAACCGUCCAUAUAACCGACAUCAAUGAAAGGCCAUCGUUUACCAAGACCGCAUAUACAGCAACAGUCACAGAAGGGUCUACACAGGGUACUAGUCUAACCGUCGUCACGGCAAAGGAUCCAGAUAUCGGAGAAAACGGUAUCUUACGAUUUUAUGUCGAUCCUUUGGAUGCGAAUAUGGCAUACAACUAUUUCCAGACCGUAAAGAUAACAGCCACGAUUGCCCACUUGAGCGUCCAGAGCCCUAUUGAUAGAGAGGCGAUGAUUGGGAAUACCAUGACCUUCAAAAUCUACGUUGAGGACAAGGGCAAGCUGAGGGACACCGCAACAGUCACUGUAACAGUCAACAACAUAAACGACAACAGGCCAACAUUCUUGAAAGGUUUCUACAACUUCGAGAUAAUGUAUAAUGAUGUUGUUGGGAAGGAGGUUGGUUUGGUUUCCUGUACCGAUAAAGAUGUUUUUUACAAUACCGUUAGUUACCUAUGGCUCCAGGACCAACAGAAAGAUAACUUUACCAUGGGCAGGUCUACGGGAAAGAUCGCUUCUGCUGUGACACCACUGGACCCAGACCGGGAAUAUGUCCUUAUUGCUCAGUGUCAGGACAAUGAUCCUGUGAAGAUUGAGACUUCAUUGACCCAGGCCAUUCGUGUUGACACCUACAUCGGUUGGAAGGUACUGACAAACUGGACGACAGCACAUAGCCCAGCUUACUACAAAAUAAAGGCAAAUCUUGAUAGUUUCCUCACAGCAGCUAGUUCUCUCUGUACUCCAUGUGUUGCAAAGCUGCAUUCCAUCGUUGACAGCAAAAGCUGCGCUUGCAAAAUAAACCAAAAGUCGAGUGGUGCCAUCCUUAUCCUGUACUUCCUGAAAGACUCCUCAACGGACAAGAUAGGCAACAUAGGGAAGGAGAAAGUCUUCUUCACAGCCAGCCACAUCGUGAGGGCAUACACCAAGGACAACCUCGAGGAACCCGCCAGCUCAAUCACGGCAAAUGCGAAGUUUGCCACCCACAAGGUCACAUCAAUUACAAGAUAUGGUGACGAGCCAGUCGUGACGGAUUGGAUGCUGGAUACCAUUGGUGGAAAUAUCGUCCUUGGCCUCAUUAUGAGCUUGGGGCUGAUCCUUGGAAUAGUUACUUCCUUAUGCAUCGCCAAAAGAUUUGGCAAAAGUACAAUGGCAAUGAACCAACGGCUGGACGAUCCACAAGCCCCUUACAAACGAAAGAUGGGCAGGGUUCAACCCCAUGACAGACCAACAUCACAAUCUCGUGAAGCGUCCACUGUGUCCGUGUCUCAUGUCAAGGUCAUGAAUGACAUCCCCUGCAGGCCACCUCCGUCCAUCCCACAUCACCAAGCUGCGGACGAGGGGAAAUACAACAACCCAUCUCCUAGGCUUUACACUGCUCCAAAUGAACCCAUUUAUCAGCAAACGCCACCAUUUACACCUCCGGCCGACUUUUUCAAUGAAGUGAAUAGGAGAUUUCUGAUCAGACCGGGAAAGUUCAAAACAGCACUCUGAUGAAUUAACACAUUCGCAACAAGAGACUGUUGGCUGGUUUCUUCUUUAAACCAUGUUUUAUUCACAACAGUGUUCAGAAAUGGAAUUGAUAAACGUCGCUCUUGUCAGGAAGAGUCAUUUUGAAAUUGAAGCCUUUGUGAUCAAUGACAGUUUUCGGAAUGGAGCCAACUGAAGACAGUCCUUUCGUACCACAUAUAUAUUUCACUAUACUAUCCAAUGAGAGCAUGUUCUCUUUUCUCAAAAAAUGCUGUUUUUUGUCAAUACAUGACAUUUUAUUAGAUGAUUGCGGAAAUAACUUGUUGAAUACUCAUUUUGUACAUAACAUUACCCGUGCCAAACAUUAAAAGAGGUCGUCUGUUUAUAAUUUUCUUCUGGAGAGAACGAAUGCUUAAGUGGAGCUGGAUCGUGUAAAUAAGGGUAGAUAGGUUUGAUGGAUAUACCAUGGAGUGUUAUACUGAAUAUUCAAAAGUGGUAAAUUAAUGGUUUUUCAUAGUGGGAGUGGUGCAGCAAAUACAUAGACUACGAUCAAUGUGAUGUUCAUGUAUGAUGUCAUUAUAAACAUAAGCACCAGUCACCUGUGUGAUGGAGUUGGCAACUCCCUCCGAUUGUGUAGGUUUCCUCCUACAGAACAAGGCGCCACCUGUCAUCCUCGGAAUGUACAAUAAUAAAGAGUU